AUGGUGGAAGAGGCAGUUCUUCCUCGUCAAAGAAAGGUUCCACGACGGUUACAGGACGGAGAUGCUGUGGAACAUCAGCAUGACUCGGUGAAAUCACUGUUUCGAGCUCGGUACUAUGAGGCAAUUGACCUAAUCCUUGCAGAACUGAAUAGGCAAUUUGAUGAAAGGUCAUAUGCACCUCUUCAGCACAUAGAAGACGUUAUCCUAAAUGCUGCUAACAGGGAUCCAUGUGAUAUAAGCGAUGACUUCAAAGAAAAAUACAACAAGGAAAUCGAUUUUGAUCAAGUAAACAUUGAGCUUAAAUUUCUUCCUGGUAUAAUCAAGCAAUGUCUACCAGAGGUUAGACGUGUGACUACAAUGGAUACCGUGAUAUCCGCAGUGACACAAGGGCAAAAUGGUGCAUUUGUUGUACCGAAUCUCGCUCGUCUACUACAAAUCUACCUGCUGGCUCCAAUGAGUGCCGCGUCUGCUGAAAGGUCUUUUUCAGUUCAACGACACAUCAAAAAUUAUCUGAGGAGCACCAUGGCACAGAAAAGAUACAAUAAUCUUCUUAUGUUUAAUAUUCACAAAGAAAGAAUAGAUAACGUCGAUCUUAGGGACCUUGCUAAGGCAUUUGCAGAAAAAAAUGACAGAAGUAUAAGAUUUUUUGGCAAAUUCCACUGA